UUCUAAAGGACAAGUGAGGAGAGAAGGAGGCAGAGCCUGAUAGCAGCCAGGGGAGCGCUCAGACUGCUGUGGCUGAGAGGAGGAACGUACGGUCUUGUCCUGUUCUGCUCUGCUCUUGUUGCCUCAGGUGUGCGUGCUCCUCCCUCCCCUCCGCGGCGCCUGCUGUCAGCUCCAUCCCUGGGUGGCUGAGGCCAUGGAGCUGGUGCUGCGAGCCCUGCUGCCCUGCUUCUGCACCCUGCUCUCCCUGGACCUGCUGCCUGGGGUGGUGCCAGCUGUGCCUCUGGAGGACUUCUAUCCCUUCGGCCGGGACGAGGGGGACUCCCAGACGGUCGCUCAGGACGACGGCGGCUCCGGGCUUGUAGAGAUCUCUGUUGCUUUCCCCUUCUUUGGAGACAGGCACACCGGACUCUAUGUUAACAACAACGGCCUUGUGUCUUUCUUGAGAGAAGUCUCCCAGUUCACACCUGUAGCCUUUCCGAUCGCUGGGGACAGGAGGGUCGUGGCGCCUUUCUGGGCGGACGUGGACAACAGGCGGGCGGGCAGCGUCUUCUACAGAGAGAGUGAGGAGGCUUCGAUGCUGAGCAGGGCCUCUGGCGAUGUCAGGACACACUUUUCAGACUUUCCCAACUUCAACGCUACAUGGGUCCUCAUCGCAACAUGGCACCAAGUCACUUUCUUUGGCGGCAGCUCCCACACACCGGUGAAUACUUUCCAAGCCGUGCUCAUUACAGACGGAGAACUUUCCUUCACAAUAUUCCAGUACAAUAACAUCACUUGGACCACAGGCAUGCAUGCCAGCAGUGGAGGGAACCGGGCUGGGCUAGAAGGAAUUGCAGCACAGGCAGGCUUCAAUGCUGGUGACGGCAAGCGCUAUUUCAACAUCCCCGGCUCUCGCACGGCUGAUGUGGUGAACGUUGAGGAGACCACCAAUGUGGGCUUCCCGGGCAGAUGGGUCUUCCGCAUAGAUGACGCACAUGUUGAACUGAGCGACUGCAAUAACUCUGCGUCCGUGUGCCCACACCUGCGACCCUGCCUGAACGGAGGCCAGUGCAUAGACGACUGUAUUAAAGGCAACCCCUCCUUCACUUGCUCCUGCUUGGCUGGCUUCACUGGCCGGCGAUGUCAGAUCAAUGUCAAUGAAUGUGCCUCACAUCCUUGCCAGAACGGAGGGACGUGUACAGACCAGAUUAAUAGUUUCAUCUGUCAGUGUCCUCCUGGAUACACUGGGAUUCUCUGUGAAACAGACAUUGACGAGUGUGAAGACAGACCUUGCCUGAACAACGGGCUGUGUGUACAAGGCACUGGCGAUUUCACCUGCGUGUGUGAACCAGGCUACACCGGGGACCGGUGUGAGACAGACAUAAACGAAUGUGAAUCGCAGCCCUGUCAGAACGGGGGCCAGUGCGUGGACCAGGUGGCCAGCUUCAGCUGUGUUUGUCAAGCUGCCUUCACCGGAUCACUUUGUGAGACAGAGCUGUUGGUGCUUCAGGUGAAUUCAACUGAGGCAGAAAACCAGACAGCCUUGUGCGGAGAAGACGAUUGCAAAGCGCCCCGGAUUUGCGAGUACGCCAGCUCGGGAGUCUACAGCUGCAGAUGUGCUCCAGGCUUCUAUGGCGACAAGUGUGAAGAGGAAUGUCUUUGCCAGAAUGGGGGCGUCUGUGUGGACAUCAAUGGGACUUGUGAAUGCCCGUCAGGCUACACUGGACUCUACUGUCAGUUUGAAGUAACCCAGACCCCCUGCAGUAACAGCAGGCCCUGUCCUGAUGGAGGAUCCUGUUUGGAGUAUGGGGGCACCUACCUGUGCACAUGUCAGACUAGUGUAGCAGAUCAUAAGGACUUCUAUCCCUAUGUACAGCCCCGAUCAGUCUGCGACUCCUCUCCGUGUCUGAAUGGGGGCUACUGCUACGAGCGAGAUGGAGGCUACACCUGCGAAUGCAAAUACGGAUACUGGGGGAAGCACUGUGAGAAAGUUAGACUCAAUACCUGUGCUUCUGGUCCCUGUCGCAACGGAGGCUCCUGCAAGGAAGAGGCAGGAAGCUAUAAGUGUGUGUGUCCCUACAGGUUUACUGGAAAACACUGUGAAGUGGGGAAGCCGGACCCUUGUGCCUCGAGCCCCUGUCUGAACGGGGGAACAUGCUUUCACUACAUAGGAAAGUAUAAAUGUGAAUGCACCGAGGCCUUCAGGGGCAGACACUGUGAAAUAAACAGUUCCUUUCAGAUCUCUACAGAGCUGGGAUGCGGCCCCCCUCCACAAGUGAAGCAUGCUGAAGUCCAGUUCUCCUCAACAACACCAGGCUCUGUGGCUGUGUAUAUAUGCCAAUCGGGAUUCAUGUCUGUACCCAGAGCCGCUCAUAGCAUCUGUGGUAUUCAGGGAGUCUGGAGCCAACCACCACUUUGUGAGGAGGUUAACCAGUGCCUGUCACAUCCUUGUCUUAAUGGUGGUACGUGUUGGAACCUCAUUGGAUCCUACCAGUGUAAGUGUAGGGACGGCUUCAGUGGAAACCACUGUCAAACAGACAUAAAUGAAUGCCUGUCCAAACCCUGCCAACACGGGGGCGUGUGUGAGGACCAGCCUGGCUCCUACCUGUGCCAUUGUCUGCAAGGCUUCAAAGGCCACAACUGUGAAAUAGAGCAGGACAUGUGUGAGUCCAGCCCCUGUGUAAAUGGAGGUGUGUGUCGGAGCUACAGGAGGAACUAUGCGUGCAUGUGCAAGGAAGGUUUCUUUGGGGACCAAUGCCAGAUGUUGGAGGAUCCGUGCAUACUAAAACCCUGCGGAAACCGUGGCCAGUGUUGGAGUGACCAAAGAGGAAACUACAACUGCGUUUGCCAGACAGGACACACAGGCAAAGACUGUGAGAAAGACCUGCUGCCUCCCUCGGGUCUUCAUGUGGUGCAUGUGGAGGAGAAAGAGGUGGAGCUGCGUUGGGAUGAGCCAGAGCCGUCCCACAGCCUGCUCAGUGGCUUUGCUGUCACUUAUGCCCCCCUGGGCUGGAGCGCGUACAAAACAGACUACCUGGAUAGGAAGCAAUCAGUCCAUGUCUUACGGGACCUGCUUCCUGGCCUGCUUUACAACAUCUCCACCGUCUCCAUCAAACGCAACACCAACAGUACCGACUACAGCCAACCCGCCACUGCACUGAUCCGCACCAGACCUUGGCGCGUGGAGGAGCUGCAGGUGGUCAACGUGUCGUCCUCUCAGGUUUGGCUGAGCUGGCUGGUCCAGGCGGCUCGACACGCAGCCGUCAGCAGGGUGCUUGUGUCUCUGCUGCCUUCAGAUUGGAGCGAGGCUCGCACCGUGGUGCUCAACACAAGCACCACGGCCUACACCUUCAGUUCAUUGCUUGCUGGUCAGAUGUACACAGUGGACGUGUUAACUCAAAGUGGUAUAAGACCAGAUGAGUUUCCCUCCACUAGCCACUCAGCAGGACCACUUCAGUUCUGGACAAGGCCUCUCCCUCCACAGAACCUCUCCCUGUCACAUGUGACCACUAACUCAGCACUGAUCACCUGGAGCCGCCACCCGAGGAACGUCCCUGAUGGUUUUGUGGUCAACGUGACCCGAGGCUUGAGUACAAGGAGCCGCUUUCUGCCCAAUGGGAAAUUAGGAUCAUAUUCCCUCCGUGAACUGACACCAGGACAGCACUACUAUGUAGCUCUAACAUCGGUCAAAAACACAGGGAAGGAGCAGAUCCACAGUUUAGCUCAACAUUUAGCCUUCACUACCUUACCGAUGGAGAACAGGUCACAGAGGAGAGACAGGCCAGGUGGACAGGGGAUCAAGGUCGGACGCAAACUUUCUCCAACUCUGCCUCAAGACCUAGGAGGUACAGUGGAAACAGAGAACACGGAGGAACUGCCGAGAUAUAAAGAACUUGUUGACAGGAGGGGCAAGAUUACAGCCAAAUUAACUCACUUGUCUCAAAAACCCAUUCGACAUCGCACCAAACCUGACCCCCCAAUUCGAUUAGAGAAGAUGGAAGAAACAACAAACAAGAUCAGCCUUGCACUAGAGAUUCAACAAGAAGGUUUAGGAACAAAGUCUGAGUUGCAGCAGGACUGUGGCACUCUGUCCUGCCAGAACGGGGGUAUGUGUGUGAGCGAUGGCGACUCCUUCCUUUGCGACUGCACAGAGGGCUUUAAAGGCAGGCAGUGUGAACUGUUGUGCCAGCGAGUACCACACCCCUGUACUCGUCUUUACUCUGAGACCAAGAGUGUGCCUGUGUGGGAGGGAGGCGUGUGCCACUAUCUGUACAAAAGGACGUACAAAGUGCAACAGGAUGUUUGUUAUCGAGAGGUUUGCGAACCAGUGCUUCCCAAGAAGAGCCGGGCCAGAAGAACGAACAGACAGCAAUAAAGGGCACUUGAAUACUGUUGAAAGGACUGGCAUUGCUAUCACGUGAAAAACCUCCUUCCUUCAGUUUUGAUGUUUAAAAUGUACAUAAAGAAACUGAUUCUGCUCAUGCUGAAAACCCUUAUCAAGACUCAUUGCAAAGUUUUAGAAGGAGAUUGUCAGACACCUGAAAGACAUGUGCAUAGUUUGACUCCUGAAUAUCUAAGCAAGUAAUAAUGUUAAGCAGUCUGCGCUGCACCAGAGACCUUACAUACCUCAUUUGUACGUCCAUGGUGACACAUUAAGAGAGGUUUUUAUGUGAUUCAGCUGCAGGUUUGUCCCUCAGGGAAAUAACUGUAGAGUGUUCAGAAUCUUGGUGUUUAUACCAGCCCAUAAUCUACUUAUAAAGACUAUGGUAAAUGUAUAUUUUUUCCACAUUUUCUACAUUCAUCUCAUCCUCUGGUGCACAGUACGUUCUGGGCAAAUGUUCUGUGUCUCAGCAGGAAUCACUGCUGACUAUUUUGUAAAUAGUGUUUAUAGACCAUUUUGUAGGUGGAUAUUUUAAUAAUUAAAAACAUUAAAACAUUUCA